AUGGGCGUCCAGCCGCGACCGCCCCAGCAGCGAACUCUGAGCAGCUCGGGCUUGUCGGUCCAACGGCCAACUCAACAACGCACCCUGUCCGCCCAGUACCUGCCUCAGUCACCUGUUCGAAAGGAAAACCUCAUCGACCUGACGGGCGAUGCCAACGAUGCUGCCGUCGCCCAGAACAGGUAUGGCACCCUGCCGCGGAGGGGAGGCUCUCGCCUCAAGCUCGAGUUGUCCAACGACGCCAUGCUCGCCCAGUACCCUGUUACCGACUCCCCCAAAACCCUCACGCCCUCCCGCCUCAUGCCCAAGAACGAUUCCUCAAACCUCACCGACAUGAGCUCGCCCGCCUCUGUCAAGGGCCAGCCCGUCGACGCAGAAAAUCCGCCGAUGCCCAUGCCGAAACGCCGUCCGCGAUUCGUCGUCCCCGCCGUCGUCAAAGACUCCCCCGCGCCCACCAUCGCAGUCAAGAAGGAUGGCCGCCCGAAACCGUGGCACUUCGAAACCCCUGCAGCCGCUCCCCGAUAUGCGCCCUUUGGCAAGCCUCGGGGCGACGCAACGAACAAACCAGGCUUUGGUGGCUCGGGCAGCGGUGCGCGCGAUACGUCAGAACUCGGCUAUGCCGACUUCUUCCCGUGGAACGGAAACCACCCCGAAGAUCAAUACUCCGAAACCGUUAUCAAGACUGGCUACUAUGACAAACCCCCAGCCUCCUCUGCUACGGAGACCUCGUCCGCCAAAACCGCGCUGUUCCCUGCCUUGAAGCACAAGAGCGGCCUCAACUUGCUGUCCAACAUCUUCGUCGGCGUCUUGAAUCAGAGGAAGCUGAACGGCCAGAUCUCGUCGCCCUCGACGUUCAAACCACCACCGCGCGUCACCCUCACCGAUACCAAGCGAGAAAUGUGGCUGAGGGACUUGGCGAACCCGUCGAUAUCGUUGCGCCGACUGAGCCGAACUAUUCCCCACGGUAUUCGGGGCAAGGUGCUACUGGAUCACUGCCUCAACAAGAACGUUCCGACAGAAAGAGCUGUUUGGUUGGUAAAGUGCGUUGGAGCCAACGAAAUCCGAGCCUUCAAGAGGAAAGGAAACGGACCAGGCCCCUUUGUGCUCGGCGGCGAAGCGAAGUGGCUGCGAGAUUGGACCGUUUUCGUGGAGCAGUUUGUGGAGGGCGUAUCGACAGCUUUUGGCGACAACGACUGGAAAGCCAAGGUUCAAUAUGCCAUCCGGCUGGCCACGCACCUCUAUGCGGAACAGCUACUCGACCGCGAUCACUACAUGGACUGGCUUGUCUCCGGGCUUGAGAACUCCACUCAGUCGAAGCUGCCCAUGUGGAUACUGAUCACGCAGAUCUACUGGAAAGACUUGCUUCGUUUGAGGAAAUAUGGCCGACGAUUGGUGAAUGCGUUGCUCAGCCAUCUUCACACAAUACACAACGACCCUGAUCGCGACAUCCUCAUCCAGCUCUCGACAAGGUUAACUUCCUUGCUUACUCCCCUAUUGUCGGCGCAUCCUGACAACUUUGUGUCCCCUGCAACUUGGUUCAAGUACAGGGACGCUUUGCUUGCGUCUAUCCCGACCGACCACGAGUUUGCGCAGACCGCAUUCAAGUCGAUCAAUAUUAGAAACGAACAGCUUGUUGCUUCAGCUAGCAACUCGCAGCCGGCAAACCGCCAAAUACUAGUCAAGCACCUUGACACUACGUUCACAUCUUUGUACAGCCCCGAUCUGGCUGCGCAGUGCUGGGCCGUCAGCGAGGACAAGGGUAUGGUUGUGCGGACAUUGCUGGAAUGGUGCACCUCGCCGCACCGGCCAGGGGCUGCAAAGGUCUACAUCACGGCCAGCCUUCUCCGAGCUUGGGCAGCAGCCGGAGUCGACGUGACGACAGCUGUUCUCGAGUACCUUGGCCACAACCCGCCGACGGAGACGAACUCAAAACGCGUUUUCCACAGACUCAUAUCGGAGAUUGUCCGCACUGGGGAUUUUCAACUCCAGGGAUACAUCUUCUGGCUCAUUGCUAGAGGCGGUCUCCGGAAGCCGGCCGACACCGAAGCCGAAGGCUCUUGCGCGACGAGGUUGCUGGUGGAUCUUCCCCUCCACGCCCUGAACUCAACUUUCCAAGCAACCAGAGCGAGCCUUCUUCGACGUGCGAGUUACGACGUUAACGAUGAGGCGGAGGACAUCAACACGGCACUGAAGUGCAUCCAGCAUGCUCUGGGACUGCCUCUCCCGCCGGGAGACCCGAUGCUUCAACGGAAGCCUGUCCCUGUGGGUAAGCUUUGUAGGCUGAUUGCCAACAGUAACCGAGCUCUUCAGACCGAGGUUGGAGCUAGGCUUCUGCAGAUCUUCACGAACGAACUCGUUACGACGAAAAACGGACCGCAGGUCUCCCCGGCCAUUUUUAACUUUGCCCGGGCUGUUCUCGAAGCAGCGGCCGAUUUUUCCGUACUUGCCGAGAUCAUCAAGAUAGUAGCGCGAGCUUCGAACCCCGAGAUUCUAGCGUCUUGUGCCGAUACUAUGAACGUGCAUCUGCCGAUCUUCGCUGCGAUGGUAUCCGACAACAUGACGGCGCAGCUGCAGGAUGCGGAGGGCGAGCUACACGAAGAGAUCGAGAAGCUCCUGACGAGCGGGACCAGCGUGGAUCGGCCGACGAUGGAUCGUCUUUUCCAGACAGUUGUGGGCCGGUUGGAGACGUGCUGGUCGAACUCGCCUGACCGACAGCGUGCUUACAGUGCGCUCCUCGGAAGACUGCGGAUUUUCGACACCCAGCAUUUCGAUGUGCGCAUGACCGACUGGGUUCACCAUAUCAGCGCGCUGAAGGCUCGUCCCGCCCUGGUGGAUAUUUAUCCGCUGCUGAUCAGUAUGGGCUGCCUGACCCUGCCUAUUAUCCUUACAACAACAUCGAUCGACACUGGCCGGAUUGCGCUCAACUCAAUCGGGCCGAUCAACAGUACUACGACCUAUAUUCAGGAGGUUCUCCAUCUCACAACAAUGCCUCUUACGGCCAAGACCGCGUUGACCCCGGAAGAAACGUACCGGUUCUACAUCCAGCAACAAGUGGCGCCGCGCCAAAACCAUAAGGACAUGGUGGUUCUCGUCAGGAAUGCCCUGGUCGAGUACUCGAGGCUUCAGGGGGCCGCUGAUCCAGCGUUGCUGCCGCUGGCGAAUCCGGGCUUCAAGAAUUCUGUUCUGGAACUGCUGAAGCUUCUGGUGCUGCGGGACCCUCCUUCAGUCGUUCAGGCGUUGGGCACCAAGACGCCAGAGCCAGCAUCGACGAGUUUGUUUGCACAGAUUACCUCCAAAUUAUUGUUGCCCGACUCCAGCGACGAGUCGCCGCUCACAUUCGAAACUGUCCUGGAACUGGCCAACGAGUUCACUCUCCCUUUCUGCCAGCUCAAGUUGUCGAUCGGCCUCUCGGCGGACAGGAGCUUACUGUCGGUUGUCGAGGCCAUUCUACGGGGCCGCCCGGCGGUCCGAACCUCCCAACUCACUUCGGGCAUGGUGGAGAAGUUGGCGGAGCUCUGGGAGAUCCUAGCAGCUGGGGACGAUGAUAAGAGAGAGCUUCGGGCGUCGAUACUCCGGUACUGGCUUCCAGCGCUGCUAAGGUUUAUCACGCUCCAUACGACCGCAAACGAACCUGUGUCCGCAGCGACUCAGGCUCAGGCCGCCAACAACAUGAAGCCACCAACCAACGCUGCGGUAUUUGAGAUUCGGGCAAGGAUAUUGGUUGUCCUAUCAGGUCUCACCCUCGAGCUCGACAGUCUGGCGCUCCAGGACCCGCAGACCGGCCGACUCCUUAGUCAGCAGGUAUUCGAUCUGGCUCUGCUGCUGAUUGAUACCUUGCCGGAAGACGCGCGCCUGCAGUGCGUGCGUGUUCUGCUCACAGGUGGCACCAUGCAAAAUCCAGCGUCGUCGGAUGCCCGCCUUCAGUACCUGUUCAGCCACAUGCCUCCACAGACGGAGCAGUUCGUCCUCGCCCACCGACAGCAGCCGGCGACACAACAAAAUGGGCCGCCGAGACCUAAGAUACCGAUUUCGAUGCAAGGCACAGACAAACUUACACCAUUCAUCUACCGCAAAUGGGAGAUGCUUAGCGAGCCAACUCCCAAUGUGGGAGAGAACGAUACGGCUCUUAGCCUCACACUGUUUGAGGCUAUCAAGAUUCAGUAA